AAUCACCUUGGUGACGUAAUGUGAGUCUGAGAUCGGUGGUGAUAAGUGAGGUUCAGGUUCCUACAAUAUAGGAUCCGCUCAGUGUAUAUCUCCUAUAUAAGAUCAUUCUUCUGAUUGACCAUCAAGGAUGGAUAGGGAUGGGGACAAGAUGGCAGAGAGUAUAAUAAAUCUCACCCUAGAGAUCCUCCUCUGGCUUACUGGAGAGGAAUACACAGUAGUGAAGAAGACCUCUAGUGAGCGAUGUCAGGCCCCGGUAUCUGAAGAACGGGGAGGAAUCCUGAGCCCGAUAUCCAGGCCGACACCUCACAUCCCGAUACAUGAGAAAGUCAGCAGAGAGAAGAUCCUAGAGCUCACCAACAAGAUCAUUGAGCUGCUGACUGGAGAGGUUCCUAUAAGGUGUCAGGAUGUCGCCGUCUAUUUCUCCAUGGAGGAGUCUGAAUAUUUAGAAGGACACAAAGAUCUGUACAAGAACGUCAUAAUGGAGGAUCACCAGCCACCAAUUAAAGAAGAGAGAACAACUCCCAGCCCUCUUCUUCUACAGGAUAAGAGAUGUCCUAGUCCUCUUCUUCUACAGGAUGGUUCAGAAGAACAUCAAAGAAUUCCAUAUGAUGAUCAGAUAGAUGGAAAUAAGGUUAUAAAUCUGGGUAAAGAUCUGAACAAUAUUAAGGCUGAAGAUACAUAUGUGAGGGGUGAUGAGCAGAUCAUAGAGGACAUUCCCACCGAUAACCACCCAGAUGACUGUAACAGGAGCUCUGAGAAACAUGUGAUGUCAGAUUUUAGAAGAGAUGAUUGUGGUGUCACAGAAGAUACACAUGAAGAGCAUGCCAUCUCAGAUGUAUCCUCAGCCUUUCACAGCAAAGAUCUAUCAUCUGAUCCUUUGGAUGGAUUUAAAUCUUCUAAUUCAUCACAGACUGUUAAGCAAAAUAAAAUCCACAGAAGAAGUGUUCAACAUCAAAGAAGUCAUACAGGGGAGAAUGCUCUUUCAUGCUCAGAAUGUGGGAAAUGUUGUAAAUCUAAAUCAGAUCUUAUUAGACAUCAGAGAACUCACACAGGGGAGAAGCCAUUUUCAUGUUCAGAAUGUGAAAAACAUUUUAACUCUAAAUCACAUCUUAUUAGACAUCAGAGAACUCACACAGGGGAGAAGCCAUUUUCAUGUUCAGAAUGUGGAAAAUUGUUUACUGAUCAAUCAACUAUUCGUAAACAUCAUAGAAUUCACACAGGAGAGAAGCCAUUUUCUUGUUUAGAAUGUGGGAAAUGUUUUACUGAUAAAUCAACUAUUCGUAAACAUCAGAGAAUUCACACAGGGGAGAAACCAUUUUCUUGUUUAGAAUGUGGGAAAUCUUACACACAGAAAUCAUAUCUUACUAUACAUCAGAGAACUCACACAGGGGAGAAGCCAUUUUCUUGUUUACAAUGUGGGAAAGCUUACACAGAGAAAUCAAAUCUUGUUAAACAUCAGAGAAUUCACACUGGAAAGAAGCGAUUUUAAUGUUCAGAAUGUGAUAACUAGAGAUGAGCUAACU